UCCCCAGGAGCCAUUUCUGCCCGGAUCGCUGUCUCCCUCCCCUUUAGCUUUCUCAGACCCCCAUCUUGUAUUUAUUAUUUUUAUUAACCCCUUUCUCCCCCCUAUACAGGGUUUGUGGAGGUGGUAAAGCAGGGCAGCUGCAGUGCUCCCCCUCCUGUGACUGCCCUCUCUCUCUCUCUCACUAGCCAUCUUGCUCUCUUUCUGUGCCCUCCAGCAGCAGUCCAGCAUUUCCUCUUAUUUCUCGCCCUCCCUCUUACUCUAAUCUCUCCUCCCCCUUUCCUCUUCUCUUCUGCUUUCUGCCAAACGCCAUUACUGAGGUGGAGUGAUUUGGAGGGGGUGGGUGGGGGAAAUAGAGAGAGCGAGACAUGUAGGCCCUGCCUGCAAUUACAGGCCUAUGACUAAAUUUAUUUAAACCCGGAGCCUGGUUCAGUGAACCCCCCUCCCCCCCCUUUAUUCCUCACGUCAUCUGACUGUAUUGAUUCCUUCACCCACCCCUGUCUGACACCCCUCAUCGCACCCUUAUUUUUGCUUUUAAAUUCACUUUCUUUAAAGACGGAAGCUGCUGGACAUGUAAUGCAAUGUUCUCUGCAAAACUUUCUGUGUUUGAGGUGGAGCUUCGUAAGACAGGCAUAUGCAGGCUCAUCGUCUUUCUUGAGGGGACUAUAAUUUCUUCUCUUACGACAGCUACAUAAACAGACAAAAUUGCAAAGAUCUGCCCUGUGUCGAGUAUGACAGCCACGACCCGUGGCUCUCCCGUCGGAGGGAAUGAAAGCCAGGGCCAGGCUCCCGAUGGACAGUCUCAGCCUCCCCUCCAACAGAAUCAGACCUCCUCACCUGAUUCUUCAAAUGAAAAUUCCCCCGUCAGCCCUCCAGAUGAGCAGGGUCAAGGGGAUACGGCACCUCAACUUGAAGAUGAGGAGCCUGCUUUCCCUCACACUGACUUGGCCAAGUUGGAUGAUAUGAUCAACAGACCUCGAUGGGUUGUUCCAGUUUUGCCGAAAGGUGAAUUAGAAGUUCUUCUAGAAGCUGCUAUUGAUCUUAGUAAAAAAGGCCUUGAUGUGAAAAGUGAAGCUUGCCAACGAUUCUUUCGGGAUGGGCUAACAAUAUCCUUUACAAAAAUUCUCACUGAUGAGGCAGUGAGUGGCUGGAAGUUUGAGAUUCAUAGAUGUAUUAUUAACAACACCCACCGCCUUGUGGAACUGUGUGUGGCCAAGCUUUCCCAGGACUGGUUUCCUCUUCUUGAACUUCUUGCUAUGGCCUUAAAUCCUCAUUGUAAAUUUCAUAUCUACAAUGGUACACGUCCGUCGGAGACUGUUCCUGCGGGGGUGCAGCUGGCGGAAGAUGAACUUUUUGCUCGUCCUCCUGAUCCACGUUCACCAAAGGGUUGGUUAGUAGACCUCAUAAACAAGUUUGGCACAUUAAACGGGUUCCAGAUACUGCAUGAUCGCUUUAUGAAUGGCUCAGCAUUGAAUGUCCAAAUCAUUGCAGCACUCAUAAAGCCAUUUGGACAAUGCUAUGAUUUUUUAACACUUCACACAGUCAAGAAAUACUUUCUUCCAAUUAUAGAAAUGGUUCCUCAGUUUCUAGAAAAUUUAACUGACGAUGAGCUGAAAAAAGAAGCAAAGAAUGAAGCCAAAAAUGAUGCUCUAUCUAUGAUAAUUAAAUCUCUUAAAAAUCUAGCUUCCCGUGUACCAGGACAAGAAGAAACUGUCAAAAACUUAGAAAUAUUUAGACUUAAAAUGAUACUUAGGUUGUUACAAAUUUCUUCCUUUAAUGGAAAAAUGAAUGCACUUAAUGAAGUUAACAAAGUAAUAUCCAGUGUGUCAUACUAUACGCACAGACAUGGAAAUCCAGAGGAGGAGGAGUGGCUAACUGCAGAACGAAUGGCAGAAUGGAUCCAGCAGAACAAUAUACUAUCAAUUGUUUUACGAGAUAGUCUUCAUCAGCCUCAAUAUGUAGAGAAAUUAGAGAAGAUUCUUCGAUUUGUUAUCAAGGAAAAAGCCCUAACUUUGCAGGAUUUGGACAACAUUUGGGCAGCACAGGCAGGAAAACAUGAAGCUAUUGUGAAAAAUGUCCAUGAUCUCCUGGCCAAGCUUGCGUGGGAUUUUUCUCCUGAACAACUUGACCACCUUUUUGAUUGUUUCAAGGCAAGUUGGACAAAUGCAAGUAAAAAGCAACGAGAAAAACUGUUAGAGUUAAUACGACGCCUUGCAGAAGAUGACAAAGAUGGUGUGAUGGCGCAUAAGGUUUUAAACCUUUUAUGGAAUUUGGCACACAGUGAUGAUGUUCCUGUCGAUAUUAUGGACCAGGCCUUGAGUGCCCAUAUAAAAAUUUUGGAUUACAGUUGUUCGCAGGUUGGUAAAACCCAUAACGUUGGGAACAAAGGGCUCACUAUAACUUUUCCAUUGAAGGAUCGAGACACUCAGAAGAUUCAGUGGAUAGAUCGCUUUAUAGAAGAGCUGCGUACAAAUGAAAAGUGGGUUAUCCCCGCACUUAAACAAAUUAGAGAAAUCUGUAGUUUGUUUGGCGAAGCACCUCAAAAUUUAAGUCAAACACAACGCAGCCCUCAUGUUUUUUACCGCCAUGACUUAAUUAACCAACUUCAGCAUAACCAUGCUCUUGUUACUUUGGUGGCAGAAAACCUUUCCUCCUACAUGGAUAGUAUGCGACAGUACUCUAAAGAACAUGGAGAAUAUGAUCCACAGACCGUGAGACCAGGAAGCCGAUACAGCCAUGUUCAGGAAGUUCAGGAACGGCUAAACUUUCUAAGGUUUUUAUUAAAGGAUGGUCAGCUUUGGCUUUGUGCUCCUCAGGCAAAGCAGAUUUGGAAGUGUUUAGCUGAAAAUGCAGUCUACCUUUGUGACCGUGAAGCCUGUUUUAAAUGGUACUCCAAGCUCAUGGGGGAUGAACCAGACCUGGACCCAGACAUUAAUAAAGACUUCUUUGAAAACAAUGUGUUGCAACUAGAUCCAUCCCUUUUAACAGAAAAUGGCAUGAAAUGUUUUGAACGCUUCUUCAAAGCUGUGAACUGUCGGGAAGGAAAGCUUGUAGCAAAACGGCGUGCUUACAUGAUGGAUGACCUGGAGCUCAUAGGACUUGAUUACCUCUGGAGGGUUGUGAUUCAAGGUAGUGAUGACAUUGCAACUCGAGCAAUAGAUCUUCUGAAGGAAAUAUACACAAACCUUGGUCCUAGGUUGCAGGUCAAUCAGGUGGAGAUACAUGAGGACUUCAUUCAAUCUUGCUUUGACCGUUUGAAGGCCUCGUAUGACACGUUGUGUGUACUGGAUGGUGACAAAGACAGUAUUAACUGUGCAAGGCAAGAAGCAAUACGAAUGGUCCGGGUGUUGACUGUCUUGAAAGAAUACAUAAACGAAUGUGAUAGUGAUUACCACGAAGAACGGACAAUUCUUCCAAUGUCAAGGGCUUUUCGGGGCAAACACAUAACUUUGGUGGUGCGUUUUCCAAAUCAGGGUCGACAAGUGGAAGAUUUAGAUAUAUGGUCUCACACAAAUGACACAAUAGGUUCUGUUCGCCGUUGCAUUCUUAAUCGGAUUAAAGCCAAUAGUGCACAUACUAAAGUAGAACUUUUUAUUGGUGGAGAACUGGUAGAUCCCUCUGAAGACAGAAAAUUGAUUGGCCAAUUAAAUCUCAAAGACAAAACUCUAAUUACAGCAAAGCUUACGCAGAUAAGUUCAAAUAUGCCUUCAAGUCCUGAUAGUUCUUCUGACUCAUCAACUGGCUCCCCUGGAAACCAUGGAAAUCAUUAUAGUGAUGGCCCCAACCCAGAAGUUGAGAGCUGCCUGCCUGGAGUGAUAAUGUCUUUACAUCACCGGUAUAUAUCUUUUCUAUGGCAAGUUGCAGACUUGGGCAGUAGCUUAAAUAUGCCACCACUUCGCGAUGGCGCCAGAGUGCUUAUGAAGCUGAUGCCCCCAGAUAACACUAUAGUAGAGAAACUCAGAGCGAUUUGUUUAGAUCAUGCAAAACUCGGAGAAAGCAGCCUGAGCGCAUCCUUGGACUCUCUUUUCUUUGGUCCAUCUGCUUCACAAGUUCUGUAUCUUACAGAGGUAGUGUAUGCCUUGCUAAUGCCUGCCAAUGCACCUCUGGGAGAAGAUGCCAGUGAUUUCCAGUAUAACUUCUUGAAAAGUGGUGGUUUGCCUCUUGUUUUGAGCAUGUUGACUCGGAAUAACUUCCUGCCAAAUGCAGACAUGGAAACAAGGAGGAGUGCCUACCUCAAUGCUCUGAAAGUUGCCAAAUUGCUGCUUACAGCAAUUGGCUAUGGCCAUGUCCGGGCUGUUGCUGAAGCUUGCCAGCCUGUUGCAGAAGGCACAAAUACAGUUUCACCGGCUACCCAUGAUCAAGCAGUGGUGCUACAAAAUGCCCUACAGAACAUUCCGAAUCCAACAUCAGAGUGUAUGUUGAGAAAUGUAGCAAUACGCCUCGCACAGCAAAUAUCGGAUGAAGCUUCAAAAUACAUCCCAGACAUAUGUGUUAUUAGAGCAAUACAAAAAAUUAUCUGGGCUUCUGGCUGUGGAUCUGUCCAGCUAGUAUUUUCUGCCAAUGAGGAAAUCAGUAAAAUUUAUGAAAAGACCAAUGCCGGAAACGAACCAGAUCCAGAAGAUGAACAAGUGUGCUGUGAAGCUCUAGAAGCGAUGACCCUCUGUUUUGCUUUAAUACCAACGGCACUAGAGACACUCAGUAAAGAGAAAGCAUGGCAAACUUUCAUCAUUGAUUUGCUUUUACACUGUCAGAGCAAACUUGUUCGGCAAAUGGCACAAGAACAGUUCUUUCUCAUGGCUACUAGAUGCUGCAUGGGACACCGACCUCUGAUCUUCUUCAUUACUUUGCUGUUUACAGUGCUUGGGAGCACUGCUAGAGAACGAGCAAAACAUGCUGGAGAUUACUUUACUCUGUUAAGACACCUGCUGAAUUAUGCCUACAACAGCAACAUUAACAUCCCGAAUGCAGAGGUUCUACUUAACAAUGAGAUUGAUUGGCUGAAAAGGAUACGUGAUGAUGUGAAGAGAACUGGAGAAACCGGUAUUGAAGAGACCAUCCUUGAAGGCCAUCUUGGAGUGACAAAAGAAUUACUAGCAUUUCAAACACCUGAAAAGAAAUACCAUAUUGGAUGUGAAAAGGGAGGAGCAAACCUUAUUAAAGAACUGAUUGAUGAUUUUAUAUUUCCUGCUUCCAAUGUGUAUUUGCAAUACAUGAAAAGUGGAGAGCUGCCUGCAGAACAAGCUAUUCCAGUUUGCAGUUCACCAGCUACAAUAAAUGCCGGAUUUGAACUCCUGGUGGCAUUAGCAGUGGGAUGUGUUCGCAACCUCAAACAAAUUGUUGAUAUAUUAAAUGACAUGUAUUACACAGGUUGUGAAGCACUUACAGAAUGGGAAUAUUUACCUCCAGUUGGACCAAGACCUCCCAAAGGGUUUGUUGGACUUAAAAAUGCUGGUGCUACGUGUUACAUGAAUUCUGUUAUACAGCAGUUGUACAUGAUUCCUGCAAUCCGAAAUGGGAUUCUUGCUAUUGAAGGCACUGGUAGUGAUGUUGAUGAUGAUAUGUCUGGGGACGAAAAGCAAGACAAUGAGAGCAAUGUUGAUCCUCGAGAUGAUGUGUUUGGUUAUCCUCACCAAUAUGACGACAAGCCAUCUUUAAGUAAAACAGAAGACCGGAAAGAGUACAAUAUUGGUGUACUGAGGCAUUUGCAGGUUAUUUUUGGUCAUUUGGCUGCAUCAAGAUUACAGUACUAUGUACCAAGAGGGUUUUGGAAACAGUUCAGGCUUUGGGGAGAACCUGUUAAUCUACGGGAGCAACAUGAUGCUUUAGAAUUUUUUAAUUCUCUGGUCGACAGUUUAGAUGAAGCAUUAAAAGCCUUGGGUCACCCAACAAUGUUAAGUAAAGUUUUAGGAGGGUCCUUUGCUGAUCAAAAGAUUUGCCAAGGAUGCCCACAUCGGUACGAAUGUGAGGAAUCUUUUACAACCCUGAAUGUCGAUAUUAGGAAUCACCAAAACCUGCUUGACUCAAUGGAGCAGUAUGUUAAGGGAGACUUGCUGGAAGGUGCAAAUGCGUAUCAUUGUGAGAAAUGUAACAAAAAGGUGGAUACAGUGAAGCGUUUGCUCAUCAAAAAGUUGCCUCCUGUUUUAGCAAUCCAGCUGAAACGCUUUGAUUAUGACUGGGAAAGGGAAUGUGCAAUUAAAUUCAAUGACUAUUUUGAGUUUCCACGAGAACUAGAUAUGGAACCAUACACCGUUGCAGGUGUGGCAAAGUUAGAAGGAGAUGAUGUAAACCCUGAAAAUCAGGUUAUCCCCAAUGAACAGACUGAAAAUGAGCCUGCUGGAAGCACUAAAUACAGGCUAGUGGGGGUGCUGGUACAUAGUGGACAGGCUAGUGGCGGUCAUUACUAUUCUUACAUUAUCCAAAGGAAUGGAGGAGAUGGCGAAAAGAAUCGGUGGUAUAAAUUUGAUGAUGGAGAUGUAACAGAAUGCAAAAUGGAUGAUGAUGAGGAGAUGAAGAACCAGUGCUUUGGUGGAGAAUAUAUGGGGGAAGUUUUUGACCACAUGAUGAAGCGCAUGUCCUAUCGGCGCCAGAAGAGAUGGUGGAAUGCCUACAUUCUUUUUUAUGAACGUAUGGACACACUUGAUAAGGACAAUGAACUGAUCAAAUAUAUUUCUGAGAUAGCAAUCACCUCCAAACCCCACCAGAUCAAGAUGCCGUCAGCCAUUGAACGAAGUGUUCGCAAGCAAAAUGUGCAGUUCAUGCACAACCGAAUGCAAUUCAGUUUAGAAUAUUUCCAAUUUAUAAAGAAGUUGCUAACCUGUAACAGUGUCUACCUGAAUCCUCCCCCAGGGCAAGAUAAUCUGAUGCCAGAACCAGAAGAAAUAACAAUGAUCAGUAUACAGCUUGCUGCUAAAUUCUUGUUCACCACAGGAUUUCACACAAAGAAAGUUGUUCGUGGUCCAGCAAGUGACUGGUAUGAUGCAUUGUGCAUCCUUCUUCGUCACAGUAAGAAUGUACGCUAUUGGUUUGCACAUGGUGUCCUGUUUGCCUAUCCAAAUCGCUUCUCCGAAUACCUUUUGGAAUGCCCAAGUGCUGAAGUUAGAGGAGCAUUUGCAAAACUUGUCGUAUUUAUUGCACAUUUUUCUUUGCAAGAUGGACCAUGUACCUUACCCUUUGCAUCACCUGGACCUUCAAGUCAGGCCUAUGACAACUUGAGUCUGAGUGACCAGUUAUUGAGAGCUGUCCUGAACCUUCUGAGAAGAGAAGUGUCAGAGCAUGGGCGUCAUUUACAACAGUACUUCAACUUGUUUGUGAUGUAUGCCAACCUUGGUAUGCAAGAGAAGACACAACUCUUGAAACUCAAUGUGCCUGCUACUUUUAUGCUUGUAGCAAUGGAUGAAGGCCCUGGCCCUCCAAUUAAAUACCAGUAUGCUGAAUUGGGCAAAUUGUACACUGUAGUCUCACAGCUAAUCCGUUGUUGCGAUGUAUCAUCGCGUAUGCAGUCUUCUAUUAAUGGUAACCCACCACUUACAAACCCCUAUGGAGAUCCUAACUUAUCACAGCAUAUAAUGCCCCUUCAGCAAAAUGUGGCAGACUUAUUGUUUGUGAAAACUAGUUAUGUGAAGAAAAUAAUUGAAGACUGCAGCAAUUCAGAAGAGACCAUCAAACUGCUUAGGUUUUGUUGCUGGGAAAAUCCACAAUUCUCGUCUACAGUUCUCAGUGAACUGCUGUGGCAGGUGACAAAUUACAGUGUUGCAUAUUCAUACACCUAUGAGCUCAGGCCCUAUUUGGACCUCUUACUGCAGAUCUUGUUGAUUGAGGACUCAUGGCAAACUCAUAGAAUUCACAAUGCACUUAAAGGAAUACCAGAUGACAGAGAUGGUUUGUUUGAUACCAUCCAGCGCUCCAAGAACCACUAUCAGAAAAGAGCUUAUCAAUGUAUAAAGUGCAUGGUGGCUCUCUUUAGCAACUGUUCUGUUGCAUACCAAAUACUGCAGAGUAAUGGAGAUUUGAAAAGAAAAUGGACCUGGGCAGUAGAGUGGUUAGGUGAUGAACUGGAGCGUAGGCCAUACACUGGCAAUCCACAGUACACCUACAACAACUGGUCGCCCCCAGUACAAAGCAAUGAAACAUCAAAUGGCUACUUUUUGGAGAGAUCACACAGUGCUAGGAUGACUCUUGCUAAGGCUUGUGAGCUAUGCCCAGAGGAGGAGCCAGAUGACCAAGAUGCCCCUGAGGAACACGAAUCCUCCCCUCCUGAAGAUGCCCCAUUGUACCCACAUUCACCUGGUUCCCAAUAUCAACAGAAUAACCAUUUGCAUGGACAGCCAUAUACUGGCCCAGCAGCACAUCACAUGAACAAUCCUCAGAGGACAGGCACACGAGCACAAGAAGAAUUUGAAGGCAGUGAAGAAGUUCCCCUGAUUCAAACAAAAGAUUAGUGACAUACACAUAAUCAUUUUACUUAACUCCUCCGAGACUCUGCACCCAGGCCUUACAGUCCAACCUUCCUUUGUGUCUGGCUAAUAUUUAAAACUAGAAACAAGAAAAAAAAAUACCACAAAAGAAAACUAUUCCUAAUCAACUUGGAGUGGAGCGUCUAUUCACUGUCUUAUCUGCAGAAACUUGCUGUCAAUAUAUAACCGCCUGCAGUGGAAAGUGUAUAGUGUUUUGUAAUAAACGGCCUGAUGCUAAUGUGUAAAUGGCAAAGGUGUACAUAGUA